AUGGCUCAUCAAAUAAAUCCUCAUCAACAAAAAUUAGCAGAAAAAUUAACUAUUCUUAAUGAUCGAGGAAUUGGAAUGUUAACAAGAAUAUUUAAUAUUAAAAAAGCAUGUGCUGAAACAAAGUCUAAACCAACUUUUCUUCUGGAUAAAAAUCUUGAAUCGGUUCUACGUCAAAUACAAAAGAAAUUUCCAGCAGUUGAUAAAAGUCAAUUUCAAACACUUACAUCUAUUAAAACUGAUAUAAUCAAAUCACUUGCAAUAUAUUAUUUUACAUUUGUUGAUCUUUUAGAAUUUCGAGAUCAUGUUACCGAUUUAUUAACUACUAUUGAUGCCUGCCAAGUUCAUUUUGAUAUUGCACUUAAUUACGAUUUAACAAAAUCAUAUUUAGAUUUAAUCUCAACAUAUAUAUCACUUAUGAUACUUUUAUCACGUGUUGAUGAUCGUAAAAUAGUUCUUGGUUUAUAUAAUAUAGCAACAGAUUUAAUACAUGGUCAUGGUGAUGCAAGUUUUCCACGUCUUGGUCAAAUGAUAAUUGAUUAUGAACAACCUUUACGUAAAUUACAUGAUGAAUUUGUUCCUCAUGUGCGUUCAAUUGGUGAUGCUAUACAAUCUUUAGCACCUGUAUAUGAUCGUCGUACAUGUAAAGUAUCUGAUUGGCGUGCUAAAAAUUUACUUAGUUUACUUGCUACAUCUCAAACAGCUCAUUUAAUGGAUACAUCAGAAAUUUUACCAUGUGAAUAUUUAUCACAAGAAACAAUUGAACGUUGGAUUAUUUAUACAAUGAUUGUAUGUCCACAACAAUUAAUAAUGAAUUCAAAAUGUAUGCAAUUAUUUGAAAAAGCUUUAUCAAGUAGUUUUGUUCAUGUACUUUAUCGUGAUGAAUUAUUGUUGACACAUCAAUAUUUACAUCAAAAUUUAGAUAUUUAUAAAUCAUAUAGACAAUUAAAAUUAACUGAAUUAUUAAAUGAUACAUUUAAAAAAGCAAUUACUGAACAACCUUUGUAUAGACGUGAAAGACGAAAAUAUAUUCGACCACAAUUAAAAGAAUUGGCAUUAGUUUUUGCUGAUCAACCAGCAUUACUUGGUCCAAAACUUUUAACUGCUUUUACUGCCUUAAGUUUAGCACGUGAUGAAAUCGUUUGGUUAUUACGACACAGUGAAAACUUUCCAGCUAAACUACAAAAAGAAACAAAUAAAAAAACAACUGGUACAACACGAGAUGAUUAUAGUGAUCGAACAUAUCCAGAAUUUUUAUUUUAUAUUGAGGAACUUCGUCAUUUAAUAACAAUAUAUUCUUCUGUAAUAAAACAAUAUUAUACUGAAUGUUUAUCAACACUAGAUUCAAAUGAUUUACAAUCCAAUAUAAAAAAUCUUAAUAUGUCAUGUACAGAAGAUGAAUCAAUAUUAUUAACAUCAUUUUAUAAUACAAUUACAACAUUAUCAACAUCAACAAGUGGUGAUCUACGUGCAUUACGUCUUGAUUGGUUUCGUAUGCAAGCAUAUACCAGUGUUACAAAAAAAUCAUCAUUAUCAUCUAUAUCACUUUCACAUAAUGAAAAUUUUGCACAAGUUAUGAAUACAAUUUGUUUUCAUUCAAAAUGUGUUGAUGAUAUUGAAACAUUAUUGUAUGAAACAAGUGAUUUAUCAAUAUUUUAUUUUUAUUUAACACAAUUUGAUCAUUUAUUUUCAUCAUGUAUUUAUUAUCCGUCACAAAUACGUUAUGCUAUUGCAUUUCCAUUAAUAUGUCAACAUUUUAUAAAUGCAACACAUGAAUUAUGUCCCGAAGAACGACAACAAAUUGGAGAUUUAAGUUUAAAAAGUGCACAUGCUUUUAUUGAUGAAAUAUGUAAACAAAUAAAAAGUACUGUAUCGGAAAUUGCGAAUGAAUAUUUUCUUAUGAAUGAACAGCUUUUACCUAAAAAUGCAGUUAUAUCUCGUCUACGAAAAAAGAUUCCAGCUGAACAAUUAUCUAAAAAACAUAGUUCAUCAUCUAAACAUGAUUCAACCACUGGUUUGAAUCCACAAGCUGUUAAAUUAUCCUUACCAGGUGAUGAAUCACGUCGAUCAAAUCGUCGUGAUAUGACAAAAACUGAUAAAUUAAUGAUGGUACUUAAUGAAUUAUGUUUUUCAAUCUCCUAUCGUAAACAAAUAACAAUAUGGGAACAUAAAUUUUUACCAAAUGAAUAUUUAAUAUCACAUUUAGAAAAUCGUUUUAAUAAAUCUUUAUCUGAAAUGGUUAAUUAUCGUCCACCAGCUAUGGAAAUAGCUAAACCAUCCGAAUUAUUAUCAUCUGUUGAAUCUUAUAUGGAUAUUUUAACAUUAGUUGAAUCUCAUUGUCAAAUUGAUACAACAAGAAUUUUUAAUGAAGUACUUUUACAACAAAGUCAACCAUUAGAUAGUGCAGGAAAUGAAACAAUAACAUCAUUAUAUACACAUUGGUUUCUUGAAGUACUUGUUAAACGUAUUACAAUGGGUACAAUUGUUUAUUCACCUAUUCGUCGAUCAUUUGUUAGUAUACAUCAACAAGAUUUAACAUUACCAUUUGAUCCUGAAGAAUAUGCUUCAUUUAAUGAAUUAAGAGCGUUAGUAGAAUUAAUUAAACCAUACGGUUGUAAAUAUUUAUGUGAAAUGAUUCUUUAUCGUUGUGUUCAACAAAUAAAUGAAAUACGAAAAUUAACACAUAGUCAACGUGAUCUAUUAAAUAAUCUUCGUAUAAAUUUUGAUAAACCAAGUCAAAUGAAACUUUAUUUAAAACAACUUGAACAUGUUGAUUUAUUAUUACAACGUGUUAUAUUAAUUGGUGUUUUAUUACAAUUAAAAAAUCUUAUUGAAGAAGCAUUACAAGAUGUUUUAUAUAAACGUAUGCCAUUUUUAAUGGUUACAUUAGAACAUUUUUAUUCCCAAUAUAAAACAACAACAUUUUCAAAUGAUCCUCAACAUCAUUUACUUAUAAAUGAAAUGAUAUCAUCAACAGGUACAUCAACAAUAAUUGAUUCAACAUUAUGUCAAGCAUUAAUAAAUCAAAAAAAUUCUAUUAAUAAUAAUAAUAAUAAUACUGAUCAAACAUCAACAACUAAUGAAUCCGAAGAAUAUAUACUUUCAUGUUUAAUUAUGGUUUAUAUAGCUGUUGCAUUACCACGUUUAGCAAGACUUGAAUCAACAAAAUAUAUUGUUGCAUUAGAUGCACAUGCAAAUAAUUGUCAUUGUUUAAUACGUGCUAUAAAUACAUUAAUAACAACAUUUUUUUUUGAACAUGGUCAAAGACAUAUUGAAGAUCGUUGUAAAGAAUUUCUUGCAUUAGCAUCAUCUAGUUUAUUACGUUUAAUUGAUGUUGAUUGUGGACAAAAUACAAAAUAUUCAAAUACAAAUAAUAAUUCAACAUCAAAUAAUUCGAAUGGUACAUCAAAUGAUAUUAUACAUAAAGAAGCAACAUAUAUAUUACUUGAACAAUUUGUUAAUCAAUGUCCAUAUUUAACACGUGAUUUACUUGAAACAUGUUUUCCAUCGAGUGUUUUACGUAAUGCUUUUUUUAUUAUUUCAAGUAAUAUCGAAUGA